AUGGCGCAAACUGCCUUUGAUGGUCAAGAGAUUUAUUUUUCAGACCAAAAUCUCGGGAAUGAAGACUUAAAUCAGCACAGGAUUCAGUUAGAUGCUGCAGCAAGAACCUUUAAACUAUUUCUAAGGGAUUGGACCAAAGGAAAUUCUUAUGUAUACAGAGAACAGCUUGUAAAGAAUGCUGCAAGAGGAGAAUUCUACAUAGAAGUUGACCUAGAAGAUAUCGCAGCAUUCGACGAAGGUCUCUGCGAACAAAUCAUAAAAAACCCGACUGCCAUGCUUCCAGAGCUCGAUAAAAGCGCAACUGAAGUAUAUAGAGGGCUGCUAGCUAGAGAUUACGAGCCGCCAACUUUCCAAGUCAUGUUCAUUUCCAAUCAGCGUCCCAAAAUGCUAAAUCUCCUCUUUUAAUAGCGGAAAAACGAUUGGAGAAAUGCUUAUUUUUGGGAAAAUAGCCCCCUUUAAAAUGAGUAAAAAAAAUUAAUUUCAAAUUUUUUAUAUAAAAAUAUUUACUUUUUAUAAAAUUAGCAAUUUUUAUAGCCAAAACUUAAGCUAAUUCUAAUAAAUUUUAGGCAGCUUACAUUCUUAAACAAGAGUUUUUAUAAAUAAAAUUAAAACUUUUCUUUUCAAGUAUUUGCAAAUUGGGAUUUUUUAAAACACACAAAUUAAUUUUAGUUAAAAAACCCUAGAGCGAACUGGAUUUUUCUGCUCGCUCUUACAGAGGGAGUAAGAGAUCUCAGCUCAGAUCUUAUGGGAAAACUUGUAGUUAUCCCAGGAAUUGUAGUGGCCGCUACUAAGCCUAUUGUAAAAGCGACCAAAGUCAAAGCUCAGUGCUCGAAAUGUGGAGACGCAAAAGAAUUCGAAGUGCCAGCUGGCUUUUCUAAAUUUUCGUUACCUAGGGUAUGUGGAAACAUAAAUCGCCCUGCAGGUGAAAAAUGCCCAUUGGAUUCUUACGUAAUUUUGAGCCACGAAUGCUCUUUUAUUGAUCUCCAAACGAUUAAAGUUCAAGAAAGACCUGAAGAUGUCCCAACCGGAGAAAUGCCAAGAACAGUUUCUGCUUCAGUUGAGCGCUAUUUAGUUGACAAAAUCUCCCCAGGAUCUAGAAUUACUUUAAUUGCGAUUUUUUCAGUCAAUGACAGAGGGUCAUCAAUUUUAAAAAAUUCUUAUUUAAGAGGAAUUGGUAUCAUCGUCGACAACACAGAGCAUGCCCGCUUCAGGAACUUUUAUUCAGUGGACGAUGAAGAACUGUUCCACACCAUGUCAAGAGACCCAGAAAUCUACAACAAAAUCUGGAAAAGUAUUGCUCCUGCUGUAUUUGGCAACGAAGACAUCAAAAAAGCAAUAGCAUGCUUGCUGUUCGGAGGCUCACGAAAGACUUUGCCUGAAGGUGUGAGACUAAGAGGCGAUAUAAAUGUUUUACUGAUCGGUGACCCAUCUACAGCUAAAAGUCAAUUUUUAAAGUUCGUUUCGAGGGUCGCACCUAUUGCAGUUUACACUUCAGGAAAAGGGUCAAGUGCAUCUGGUCUUACAGCUUCAGUGAUAAAGGACGCAUCGUCAGGAGAGUUUCAGCUGGAAGGAGGAGCUAUGGUUUUAGCUGAUGGAGGAGUUGUAUGUAUUGACGAGUUCGAUAAAAUGAGACCUGAUGAUCGCGUAGCAAUUCAUGAAGCUAUGGAACAGCAAACCAUAAGUAUUGCAAAAGCUGGAAUAACUACAAUAUUGAACUCCAGAACAAGUGUCCUAGCUGCCGCUAACCCUAUUUAUGGCUCUUAUGAUGACUUAAAGCAAGCACAGGAGCAAAUUGAGCUACAAAGUACAAUUUUGUCAAGAUUUGACUGUAUUUUCUUAGUAAGAGAUCUAAGAAACGAAGCUCAUGACAGAGAAAUGGCAGCUCACGUUGUGAACCUACACAUGGGAAACACCAUGCAUUUAGAAGAAACCAGCGAUAUAGAAAUCAAUGAGCUGAAAAAAUACAUCGCAUAUGCAAGAUCAAAAUGCGUCCCAAGACUUCAUGAAGACUCUGCAAAGCUGCUUCAAAACUUUUACGUUUCUGAUAGGAAGAAGCAGGCUAAUGGUGCUUUCCCUGUAACAGUCAGACAACUUGAAGCAAUCAUAAGACUUUCUGAGUCUAUCGCAAAAAUGUCUUUAAGUACUGUUGUGACGACAAAUCAUGUAGAAGAAGCACACAGACUAUUUGAAGUUUCUACGAUGAAUGCAGCUAGCGCAGGUCUGAGUGCAGCAGGAAUUUCAGUUCCAAGAGAAAUGGCUGAGCUCGUGAUGAAAAUUGAAGAAGCCACUCGCCGUAGAGUUGCAAUAGGUACGAAAAUUACAAAAGCAAGGCUUGAGCAAGAGCUCCUUACGAUGUUCACAGACUAUAGAGCAGUCGAAAUGGCUUUAGUAAACAUGAUCAAACGUGAAGAGUUUCAACAAAGAGAUGGCUGGAAAAUGCUACAGAGAACCCGCUAA